UAAGUUAGUGAUAACACUGGAAAACAGCUGAACACAGGGCAAACUCCCAGACGGACGCACAGAGACAAACAGCACUGGUUUAUUAUAACUGUAAAAAGAGUUGGCUUUCCUCAUCAUUUCCUUCUGGACUGGACUAGUUCAGCCCCGGGACUUACACAUUUGCUGGUAAUCACAAAAUGGAAGAACAGUUGGAGUUGAACUGAGGGUUGAACCACUUUGACAAAGGCAAAAAAAGAUCUCAACAUCAAGGCCUCCAUCUGAACAUAUUUUGCGCCACAUCAGGUCCCUGUUGAAGGCGCUGCGAAAACAAGCACGAUGGAAGAUAUAAGAUAUAGAGGAAAGAAGAGAGAGGGAAGACACAGGGAUACAUGGGAUCCGUUCCAAGUGGAACCCAUAGGAGCAGAGAAAGAGAAGAAGCAAAGGUGCUUCCAGCUGGCCCAGUACCUGGUGGCAGUUAUUGUGGGGUUAGCAGUUUUGGCCAGUGCCGUUAUUGCUAAGGGCUCUCUCGUGGUGUUGUCAACCUUGUCCAGUUCGAAGUCAUUGCGCAGCGACAAGGAACGACAGUUUUACAUGCUGAUGCUGGUGUUCUGCCUGGUCUGCCCCAACUUCCUGGUGUUUAUCAAAUCACUGUGGCGGUGUGCCUUCAAGAGCUUCGUACAGCCUAAUAUGAGGACGAUGGGAAUGAUUUGUUUCAUCGAGUGUCUGGUAUCUCUUGGCACUUCCGUCCUAGUGCUCGUCGUAAUGCCUCAGUUUGACAUACUGACUAAUCUCUUCAUCAGUGGAGGAGUCUGCAUUGUGUCUGCAAUACUGCAGAUAGUAUUCAGACUACAAAGAGAAACUUGGAAAAUCAUUUUCCCAAUCUGCUCCCUCCUUUUCACAGUUGCUGGUUACGUCCUCCUUGGAAUGGAUUACUACGCCCGUAUAACGUCUUGUGUGGGCAAAGCUGAAGACAUUAACGACUACAUGUAUACCUACAUUGCACUUGGAAUUGUCUCUUCUUUGCUUGUUUCCUUUUGCUGGUGGGAAAAUACAAUGCAAGCUACAAACAAUAUGCAGGAAACAUUGACAGAAUUGGAUGGCUUCAGGGACUUUGUCUUUGUCAUCACCAGCAUUCUGAGAAUAUUGGUUAUAGGGGCAGUAUACCUGAUCUACUACAAGUUACUUGACAACGACUUGACAAAAACGACUGAAAUUGUCUGGAGUGACUUUUGCCUGGGCGAUGAUGAAUGGGAACUCCUUAAAACAGGACUGGUACUGUUUUUCUUGCAGGCCUUCUGCUCAGCAGCCUGCCAUUGGUUUGGUGUAGUAGCCUGCAAGAUCCAUUCUGUCAAGAUGAGCUUUGCAAUACCGUUAUGCUGCACGGGACCUACAGUGCUACUGCUGGGACUGGUACUUUUCAUAACACAGAUACAUCAUCUGGAGGGUGCAAAUUAUACAAACAUCACGGAGUUUUGUACCAGCUUGGCGUCCCUGAGCAAAAAGAACUCAACUCCGAUGGUUUUGAUUGAGAUUACCAACAGCAUUUGUCAGACUUCACUAAACAGCCACUAUGAACAAUGGCCUUUUCUCAUGCUGGCUCUGGAGGGAAUGUGCAUGUGGUUAGGCUUCGUCACAUGUACUUACUACGUAUGGAGGAUUAAGGUCCAGCGCAUAGAGAGAACCUCUCAGCUCUUUGUUCGUCGGCUCUAUGAAUCAGCUUUCAUUGACUUGUCUCUGUUGCUCAACACUAAGAUGAAGCUACCAAAAGCCCAAAACCAAGAAAGCCAAGAUGAACUACAGAACUGUGUGAUCUACCUUUGUGCAACCAUGUGGCAUGAGACCUAUGAAGAAAUGCUAAAGAUCCUAACCUCCAUGUUCAGGCUGGACCGUUACCGAGGCGAUCCGAAGGAGGACCACAAGGACUCCUUCGAAUUUGAGAGUCACAUUUAUGUAGAUGAUGCCUUUAUGACGGAUGAGGAAACUGAGAAGAGAGUGGUCAAUUCCUAUGUCAAGGACUUGAUCAAGGUUGUCAUAGAGGUCUAUAGAGUGUUCACCAACAAAGAGCCAGACGACGUGUCCAUCAUUGAGGCUCCUUAUGGUGGGAGGCUGAUGUUUGUUAUGCCAGAAGGAAACAUGCUUUAUAUUCACCUCAAAGACAAAAGUCUCAUCAGAAACAAAAAAAGAUGGUCCCAGAUCAUGUACAUGUACUAUCUGCUUGGCUGGAAGGGUUAUAUUGUCAAGAACCCUCAAAAGAUCCCGCGCCUGAAUAACCACAGGGAGAGUUUGAUCUCUAUGGAUGGAGAGAUUUUCUUGUUGCCUCAGUAUGACAAUGACAGCAAGAGAAAAUUCAUCUCGGAUGACAACACAUAUAUUCUGGCUCUGGAUGGGGACACUGAUUUCCAGCCCAAAGCAGUAAUUCUGCUUGUAGACAGGCUGAGGAUGUAUGAAAAUGUAGGUGCAGCAUGUGGUAGAAUCCAUCCUACUGGUAUGGGUCCAAUGGUGUGGUACCAGAAGUUUGAAUAUGCAGUCGGUCACUGGCUCCAGAAGACAUCAGAACAUGUGUUUGGGUCCGUGUUGUGCAGUCCAGGUUGUUUCAGUUUGUUUAGGGGUUCUGCCUUGAUGGAUGACAAUGUUAUGGCGAGAUACACAACAACUUCAACCAGAGCUGCAGAAUAUGUGCAAUAUGACCAAGGAGAGGAUCGUUGGCUGUGUACUUUGUUACUGCAACAGGGGUGGCGUGUCGAAUACAAUGCAGCUUCAGAUGCAUACACCAACUCACCACAAGAAUUCAAAGAGUUUUACAACCAGAGGAGACGAUGGGGACCCUCCACACUGGCAAAUACACUGGACCUUUUGCACAGUGGCCCAGAGACUGUGAAGAGAAACCAGUCCAUCUCCAGGCUUUACAUUUUCUAUCAGAUGUUUACUGUUGGAUCUUCUAUCCUGGGACCAGCCUCUGUGACCCUGAUGAUAGCAGGUGCUUUCCAGUUUGUCUUCAAACUCAGUGGUGAACUAUCCAUCAUCGUUGCAAGCAUUCCUCCCGUUUUCUACAUCAUCAUCUGUUUUUUGACGAAGGCCAACACCCAGAUAACCAUCGCUGGCAUUAUGAGUGUGCUUUACGCAUUUCUCAUGACUGCAUCCCUUUUCUCCAUCAUCGGUGACAUGGUGAUUCAGGGGACCUUCUUGACCCCCACUGGCUUGUUUUUGAUUUCUAUGACAUGUAUGUAUGCGGUGACGGCUAUCUUACACCCAGAAGAGUCUGGGUUGAUUAUUUAUGGUCUGAUGUAUUUCAUCUGUAUCCCAAGUGGAUACCUCCUACUGACCAUCUACUCACUGGUUAACAUGGACAAUGUGUCUUGGGGCACAAGAGAAUCUAACAAGGGAGAUGGAGCAGCGAAGAAAAACAAAAACAUUCUGUGUGACAGAAACUGCAAGCUCUGCUGCUGGGACAUGAAGAUACAGGUAACUCAAGAAACAGAGCAUCUGAUGCUUCAGCAGAUCACGGGUCAGACUGUGCAGGGAGCCCCUACUGUACUAGACACCAACAAUGCAAUCCCCCUGGAGCCUCAGACCAAACUUGGAACCGGACGAAAGGAAGCUGCACUGCCUAGAAACCCUCAAACUAACCACUACAAGAGGUUGUCAGGUGGUGAAUUUGCUACCUCUAGCAGUGAGGACAGUGCUGACAAAAAGAGCAUGUUGAGCUCAUCUGACGAAGAAGAAGAGGAUGAGUUUGACCGUAACAUGAUGAAUGAUGGUUUUGAGGACAUGGAGGAGCUCCCUGCCAGUGACUGGGUGUAUCCGGUGAAGCAAGAGUUUUUGAAAAAACUUACUCAUGCCAACAUCAAGAGGAAUCUACAAGCACAAAUACGGUAUACUCUCCGCAAGAAAAAUCACGACGACGUGUGUGAGGAAUUAGUCCUAAUGUUAACAGACACACUUAAUGGAGAGCUCAGCACAGUGGGGCCUGAGGAUGUUUUGACACAAGUACAGCUUGAGGAGUUGCAGCAUGCACUGACAAAGCAGGGUCGGCAAAUCCUCAAAACCAAUCGAAUGAUGACAUUGGACAAGAGAGUGAAAAGAGCCAUUGAAAAAACUCUCACUCCUCCGAAAAUACAAAAACUAGACGAGGGUGAGGAUGACUUCUGGCAAAAGCUGCUCGAGCGCUACUUGGCGCCUAUCGUAGAGACACAGGCUCACAAGGAUGACGUCACCAGAGAACUAAAGUCACUGCGCAACAAGGGCGUUUUCCUGUAUUUCAUCAUCAACAUACUGUGGGUGGUUGCGACCUUCUUCCUGCAGGCCAUCGGAAGUGAUGUCAUCAGCAUCAAGAUACCCAAGACCUUUCCAAAUGGAACUGCAUCAGGAGAAUACCUCUCGGUGGAGCCCCUCAGUCUGAUGUUCUUGAUGUCCUUUGCUAUUCUUCUCAUUGUCCAGUUUCUGGCCAUGUUGUAUCACAGGGUAUACACCCUGAUCCACGUGGUGUCGUAUCGCGGUACAGAAAAGAACUACAAAAAGAGAGAAGAGGAGGAGGAGGAAGAAGACGAGGAAAACACUUACCAGAACCAAUAUGCCGUUUCUUUGACCAGCGAAGAUUUGUAGUUGGUGACAACCAGACAUGCAACAACCAGCCUAAACUGGCAUCAACAAAUCAAAGUCUCACACCAACCAAAGGUUUUUUCCACUGAAGAUUCAGCCUUCAUUAUGCCUUAAAAAAUAUGAUCAUACAACGAAUAAGUUAACAUUUUUGUAGACAAGCCAUGGGUGCAACUUACAAACAUAAGUAGUGAUUCUUUUAUCUUUGUUUAGCCUCACGGCUGUAAAUCAAAACAUAAUCCAUCCUGGGACGCGAAAUUGCACUGGUCAAUUUAACAUUGUCCAAUGAGCUUUGUUUGACAAUGCAAAAGACUUCUGGCGGUCUUUAAGCACAAUUUCACUGGUUUUGACUGAGGAUUUCCCAAAUGUGUGUAUUAUUUAUGUUCUGUUAAAUGGAGAAACAAUCCUCCAACUAACAUUAGAGCAAGGGUGUCAGCAUUUUCCUUUCAGAAGCUCCUGGAGACACAACUCUUCUGAGAGCACCUUUCCUCUAAAUAAUGUUUCAUGCAUUUUUUUUUUUCUUUUACUGGAGAGUUGCAUUGGAUAAGUCUGCAAAAUGACUAAAUAAAUAAAUGCAUCAGGUCCUAAACCUAUCUGAAAGAAAUUCAGGGUUUAUCUCUGGGGGUUGUUGAACAGAAUAUUCCACUACAAAAUAAUGUACAACAGUUGAAAACAACAAUAUAUUGACAAGGUUUACAGAAAAUCACUUAUCAGGUUAAUGUUUUACAGUAAUGAUUACUCAUGGAAGUUGCAUAAUAUUUUGGGUUAAUAUUGUGUCUGCCCUUCAGUAAAAGAUGUCCUGUCCAACCUUUACAAGAAGUACUUGAAAAUCAAGCAAUCAAUGUUAAGUAUAUGCAUGUAUUUGCAUGAAAUGUGUAACUUCAUAUUGUGCAUUUUAAACUUGUGUAAUUUUGACUGUUUCAUAAAGAUGGUAGAAUUAUUGAUCCAAAUCACUAUGCACUUUGUACAGGGUGAGAACAAAUAUUUGUAACUUGUAAAAUGAACUACAAUAAAAUCUUUUUUCAGCAACACAA